AUGAUAUCUAUAUUCAUAUUGGUGGUGGGGAUACUGAUAUAUUUUGUGUAUAAGUAUCCGGAUAGAGCUAUUGGCACACCAGAGUUUCAUGGAUAUCCUGGACCAAAAGGAUUACCACUGAUCGGAAAUCUAAUAUCCGUAGUGAUGAAACAUGGCGGGGGUGAGAAAAAGACGCUAGAUCAAUUUCUGUUUUUGUAUGACACAAUCAAUUUAGGACGCGCUCUGUUCCCGGUAUUGGAAGAGUCGUGGGGCGAAAUUGAUGAUCCAGUCAUGUUGGAGUAUGUUUUGAAAACCAAUUUUGAAAAUUAUGUCAAGGGCGAAUAUAUGUUUAGUCGAGUACACGAUAUUCUCGGAAACGGGAUCUUCGCAUCAGAUGGCGAAGGAUGGAAAUUACAAAGGAAAACAGCAUCAAAAAUCUUUAACGUGCGCAAUUUUCGAGAUUUACUAUGUACAGUAUUUGCGAACGAAAGCCUCGUAGCAGUUGAUAUUCUAUCUAAGGCGGCUGAGACUGGUGAAAUCGUUGAUCUCCAAAAUCUAUUUUAUCGCUUCACGAUCGAUUGUUUCGGACUAAUCUCAUUCAGCAAAUCCUUCGAUUGUCUUACAACCCCUAACUCGCCAGAAUCAUUCGAUUUUCUUACCAACCCCAACUCGCCAAAGUCAUUCGCAGCAGCGUUUGACUUUGUCCAAAGCGUUCUCGAAUACAGAUUUGUCUCACCGUUUUGGAAACUAGCGGAAAAGUACUCGGCAACCGGGAAAAAGUUUCGCGAGGCGAUUGUCGUUAUUGAUAGUUAUGCUGAGGAUCUGAUAAAGCAGCGACGAAUCGAUGAUCCGGAGGGAAAGAUUAAAAAUGAUUUGCUUAGUGGAGUUAGUCCACGAAAAGGUGGUGGUAGGUUGAGUGAUAAGGAGUUACGCGAUAUUUUUCUUAAUUUGUAUCCUUUAUUUUUUUGCAUGAUAGCUGGUCGUGACACAACUGCUCAAGCAUUAAGCUGGAUGUUUUAUCUAAUCGCCACACACCCAGAAGUUGAACAACGGCUUCUAGAAGAAAUAAAAGAUAAACUUGAACCUGAUGCAUUGCCUACAUACGACAAUAUCAAAGAGCUGAAGUAUGCUACGGCUGUCUUUUACGAAACUCUCCGUCUCUACCCAUCCGUUCCGAAAAAUGCUAAACUGACAGUUAAUGACGACAUAUUACCGGACGGUACAUUCAUUCCCGCGGGCACCAUCAUCUCAUAUCACGCGUGGGUUAUCGGUCGGUCUAAGCGACUUUGGGGUGCCGAUGCGGAUUUGUUCAAACCGGAACGGUUCCUUGAUGAGAGUGGGGAUAUUAUAAAGUUUAGUCAAACAAAGUUUAUUGCGUUUAAUGCUGGACCGCGUGCAUGUUUGGGACAUCAAUUUGCCACCAUCGAGGCACUCACACUGACAAUAGUGGUUCUGCGUAAAUUCAGAAUAGAGUUAAAGAUUGAAGAGGAACCUGUGCCUGGCCGGUCAUUGACAUUACCGAUGAAAAAACCAUUAUUAGCUCAGAUCAGUCGUCGACAAUUGGUUGAUGACUCUGGUAAUAAUCCCACUGAGAGUACUAGCAAUAAUUUACCAUCCAUCGGUGAAAAUGAACGAAAAGCAUAUCUUCAUGUGGAAGCGAUGCGACAGCGUAAAAUUUGUACUGGGGAUUAUGUGGCUGUUAUAACAGCAACAGUUGGUGUAGCGUGGCCAUCGUUUACGAUACAACCUAAUGAGAUUCAACUAUCAGAAAUACAAUGCGAGAAUGCGCACCUUGAAAAAGGCGAUUUCACGUUAGUCUCUCGGAUUGAGAAAUCGGUUGUGGCCGCAGCGAAAAUAGUGUUGGCGCCAGUAACCGUGCCCGAUUUUCCAAUAGAUCAGAUUUUGAAUAUUUUUAUGAAAGAAAUUCUUGGCAAGUAUUCGUAUUUUUCUUUUCAGGUCGUUGAUAUUCGACCAAAUUUCACGAAUUUUGGUGAAAGUAUUGAAAUUUCGUCGUCGUCAUUAUCCGAAUCGAUUUAUACGAUAAGUCGCGAUACCAAAGUGACAAUUUUGGUGAAUCCUCGACACGAUACAGCAUCGAAAGGUGAUGGCACGAAUUUGAAGUCGAUAGGAGUUGGUUUCAAAUCUAUAGGUGGGCUAUCAAAGGAAAUCCAAAUUGUUCGAGAAAUGGUUGAAUUGCCAUUCACGAAUCCAGAGCUUUUUGAUUACUAUGGCGUUCAGCCUCCCAAAGGUAUUUUACUGCAUGGACCACCGGGCACCGGUAAAACCUUAGUAGCUCGAGCAGUUGCAGCUGAGACUGGUGCUCAUUUAAUCCUGAUUAAUGGUCCAGAGAUUGUUAGUAAAUUUCAUGGUGAAACGGAAGCGAAGCUACGGGAAUUAUUUGAAGAAGCAAGAGAAAACUCGCCUUCUAUAAUAUUCAUUGAUGAAAUUGAUGCUUUGUGUACUAGUCGAGAUGAGGCUGAUAAUGAAUCGGAAAAGCGUAUCGUUGCGACAUUAUUAACGCUCAUGGAUGGCAUUUCUAGCAAAAGGUCUGGGAAUCAAGAACGAAUUGUCAUUAUUGGUGCAACGAAUCGUCCAAAUUCUUUAGAUCGGGCAUUAAGAAGGCCGGGAAGAUUUGAUAGAGAAAUUGAAAUUGGUAUUCCAAAUGCAGAUUCUCGGGCUGAAAUUCUUCGUACAUUGCUUGAAAAAAUACCGAACGAUUUGGCGAAUGAAGAUGUUGCGAAAUUGGCUGCUAAAUCACACGGAUAUGUGGGUGCGGAUUUGGCGGCUGUUUGUCGCGAAGCUGGGCUGAAGGCUAUAAAACGAAUCACUAAUUCUGACGGCCCAGUCGAUAUAAAACUUACGAUGCCAGAUAUGGAAGCCGCGAUGAAUGGAAUUCGGCCAAGUGCCAUGCGAGAGAUUAUCCUCGAAGUACCAAAAGUUUAUUGGAACGAUAUCGGCGGACAAGAAGAAAUCAAACAAAAGUUUAAGGAGUCGAUUGAAUGGCCAUUAAAGCAUCCCGAAGCAUUUACUCGACUUUCAAUAAAUCCUCCAAAGGGUAUUUUGCUUUAUGGACCACCGGGAUGCAGUAAAACUUUGAUGGCAAAGGCUUUGGCUACCGAAGCUGGGUUGAAUUUUAUUGCGAUUAAAGGGCCAGAGUUGCUGAGCAAGUGGGUCGGUGAAUCAGAAAAAGCCAUUAGAGAAACAUUUCGAAAAGCACGCGCGGCGGCACCUUCUAUUGUUUUCUUUGACGAAAUUGAUGCUUUGACUGUAAAGCGAGGUUCCUCAGGACAAACAUCAUCUUCCGUAGCCGAUCGUGUUCUCUCACAAUUACUGAACGAGAUGGACGGUAUCGAACCACUUGUUAAUGUGACAAUUGUGGCAGCUACAAAUCGGCCUGAUGUAAUGGAUAAGGCACUAAUUCGGCCAGGAAGAUUCGACCGUAUACUGUAUGUGAGUCCACCUGAUUUAUCGUCACGGCGCGAAAUAUUUCGAAUACAGUUGCAAAAGAUGGCAGUUGCUGAGAAUUUGGAUAUUGAUGAGCUGGCGGAGAAAACAACGGGAUGUUCAGGCGCGGAAAUAGUCGCAUUGUGUCAAGAAGCAGGGUUACUUGCAAUGGAAGAAGAUUUGGAAGCCACAAACAUACAUCACUGCCAUUUUCUUCAAGCAAUCGAAUCUUGCACUAGACGUAUUUCGCCCGAGAUACUUGCAUAUUACGAAGAGUUCCGUCGAAAUUCAAAAGUGCAAAGUUUAUAA